CUAUGGAGGACGCUGACGAUCAAGCAUUCAGGUUCGCCAAUGCAUUGGCAAGAUACCUCGAAACAUCUGAGGUUUGGAGCCAAAUGGAGGCUCGCCAGCACAGUGACUACAGCAUCCGCACAAUCGAUGCCCUCACUAGCGCAAACAUCAGGACUCGCAGCCUCAUUGCUGCCCUGCCUGACAUCAGGUACCCCAUUUCGGUUGGUGAGCAACUACAAGCAGUCAGUAUGGAGACUCGGCUCGGAAGCAUGAGCAACCUCAUAACUGCCAUCGACAAGUACGCCAAUAGCGCUUUGAACCCGGACAAGUCUCGUAAACCUGGUAUUCUGCCGCUUGCUCGGACUAGUACUGGCCCCGGAACCUCAAAUGCCAAUUUGAUUCAUAACCAGAGAAUUUUUUCGGGCGAGACUGGCAAUGGAAAGAGCUACUUCAUGCUCGAGAUUGCGGCGCAUAUCAUCCGGCAGCAUGGCAACGGGCGAGUGAUCUUUGUCAGGGACUGCAACGAAUGGGUCAACUGCAAAGAGUUUUACGUCGACGGCCAGGCAGUACCCGAUUGGCAAGCCAAGGUCGCGUACCUGGUGCAGGCAAUGUUUGUCGCGUUUGAUGAGGAGGAAGGAUUCAACGAGAUACUCCAGGAUGUUGAUGUUGUUUCGACAACCAACAUUCGCACAUUGGCUAGAAAGGUUGCAAUGGGGCUAAUCUCAUUCGGUACUAGACGAGGAUCAUUUGCCAACAGAAACGGGAACACAAUCUACUUGCCGCUCAAGCCAUUCUUUUUCUUUGACAACAUUGAUGCUGUGUUCGGACCGGAUGGACCUCUCGAUCGCGAUGUCCACAUCAUCAUCCAUGAGCUCAGGAGCGCAGGAUUCUUUAUUGUUGGUGCGCCCCAGGGCAACACAAACAUGGGGGAAUAUUUUGGUAGUGAUCCGCUAUGUGUCCCCAUCCAUAUCCAACCUAGGGUCUGAUGGGAGGAGGACUAUGAGUAUCCCCUGUAGUUUGCACAGCCUCCCCGGUCGCAGGAUAUUUAAAACACAUCUGGCGCUGUAACUGUGGGGG